GCGCGAGGACACAUGUAAAACGCGAUCUGAGUUGCGCACUUACACGUAUCCCCAGGCGUCGACUCGUCAGGACCAUCGAUCGCAGAUGCCCUGUCCAAUUGGGAGUGGCCAUCCUGGAAUCCGCAACGGCGCAGUCGUCCCGCACGAGCACGCUCUUCAAAGUAAAAUUUACGCGAAGGGGGCACGCAACCUGUGCUGCAGCACGCGAAAGUCGAAGAACGACUUUGAUGAAACAGAAGGCCCGCUGGUGAGGCUUGCAGAAGGAGGGUUAUUUGCAUCUAUCUGUGGGAAUUCACUUCACUUUCAACCGCUAGCAGGAGGAUUGGUCAAGGAUCGGUGGUUUCUCUGGGGAGAAGGCUAUGGCAUUGGCACCUUUGCUAUUCACGAAAAGAGAAGGCUUGUUGUGUAUAGUGAAAAGGGUCUCAAUCCCUUGCUCUUUCUGCACAAAUUGCCGAGUCUUGAGAUUGUGGCGAAGUUGGAAGAUGUGACAGAGCUUGAGGUUUCGGUCCUGGAAUUCUCUAAGAAUGGAUCAAGGCUUCUGGCUGCCGGGCGUCUUCCAGACUGUAGCUUGGUGGUAUGGGGUCUGGACCUUCACACAGGAAGACCUGCAAAGCUGGUCAAGGUGCAAAUGGAGCGUGAAGUGGAGUUCGCAACUUUCAAUCCGACAAAUGAGGACCAGAUAUGCACCAGUGGGGAUGGGAAUGUGACAAUUUGGACUAUGACAAAAAAUUUUAAGCUUUAUGCCAACUGGGGCCUUCCUGCUGCAGCGCCCGCCAAGGUGAUGAAGAUGGCAACCACCAUAGCCAGGAUCGACUUUAAUCUGGUGGUACCCAGACUUGAGAUCGACCCUGGAGAAGACCUUGCACCCACCUGCAACAUCAAGCAAAUCAUCUAUGCGUAGCAAUGGGUAUCUAUUAUUCCUUGUCAUGCGGUUUAAAUCGUGAUAGUCAAUACACAUACGAAGUUUGCCUCCUUUCUUUGAGACUAACAAAACGGGUGCACAAAA